UUAUUUGUGAAUUGUGCACUUAACACGUGUGGACCCCACCCCCACCGCAGGAACAUUCGUCAUCCAACACAACAAGGCGCAUCGUCGUUGUUCUUUUCUUUUUUCUCUUUUCGUAUUGGUGUACAGAAGAGCGUAGAAAGUUCCCGUAUUACUCGUUUUUCGAAUCGCGACCAUCGUCGUCUCCGUUCUCCGGCGUAACUAGGGUUUGAUAUAGUACAAUUGUUGGAGAGAAGCUAGAAUUUGGUGAAGAUGUGGGCGGCUUCUUGUCUUGCGUCAUGCUGUGCGGCGUGCGCUUGUGAUGCUUGCCGUACGGUAGUGUCUGGGAUCAGCCGACGUUCUGCCAGGAUUGCCUAUUGUGGUCUUUUUGCUUUGUCACUUAUCGUCUCAUGGAUUCUUAGGGAGGUUGCUGCCCCUCUAAUGGAGAAAAUACCAUGGAUUAAUAGCUUUCACACAACACCAAACAGAGAGUGGUUUGAAACAGAUGCUGUGCUUCGGGUUAGCUUGGGGAACUUUCUAUUUUUCACUAUUCUAGCAAUCUUAAUGAUUGGUGUAAAGAACCAGAAAGACCCACGUGACAGUAUGCACCAUGGUGGUUGGAUGAUGAAAAUCAUUUGCUGGUGCCUUAUGGUAAUAUUCAUGUUUUUCCUUCCAAAUGGAAUCAUCAGCUUCUAUGAGACAAUUUCCAAGUUUGGUUCUGGACUAUUUCUCCUUGUGCAAGUUGUGCUCUUGUUGGACUUUGUGCACAGUUGGAAUGACAAAUGGGUUGGAUACGAUGAGCAGUUCUGGUAUGUGGCAUUGCUUGUCGUUUCACUUGUAUGUUAUGUGGCUACCUUUGCAUUCAACGGACUGCUCUUCCACUUUUUCACUCCAUCUGGACAGGACUGUGGGCUUAACACUUUCUUUAUAGUGAUGACACUUAUAUUGAUCUUUGGCUUUGCUGUUGUUACAUUGCAUCCAUCGGUAGGUGGAAGUAUUUUACCUGCAUCAGUUUUAUCCCUGUACUGCACAUACCUCUGCUACAGUGCACUUGCAAGUGAACCUAGGGAUUAUGAGUGCAACGGUCUACAUAAGCACUCCAAGGCUGUUUCCAGUGGCACACUUGCAUUAGGGUUGCUAACAACAGUUCUAUCUGUUGUCUACUCUGCUGUUCGCGCUGGCUCUUCUACGACUCUGCUUUCUCCUCCAAGCUCACCACGUGCAGGCUCAGGGAAGCCCUUGCUACCGUUGGACAAGGUUGAUGAGGAGGAAGAAAAAGAGAGAUCUAAGCCAGUCUCAUACUCCUAUUCUUUCUUCCACCUUAUCUUUUCUCUCGCUAGUAUGUACUCGGCAAUGCUUCUUACGGGUUGGUCAACCUCUGUGGGGGAGAGUGGAAAAUUAGUGGACGUUGGGUGGCCAUCUGUCUGGGUCAGGAUCGUGACUGGGUGGGCAACUGCAGCUUUGUUCAUCUGGUCUCAGGUUGCUCCAAUUCUGUUCCCGGACAGAGAGUUCUGAGUAAUCUAAGGAAAUGAAUGUUACAGUUACUACUAAUAUGAUAAGUAAGUUUGGACAAUGUUUGAAAGGAUUUCGAUGUUCCUUUUCUCUGUCAUGUGGAUAAUGUGCAAGGCAAUGCAACAGUGAUUUUAUUCAACUGUAUAUUUCAGAUGCUUGUUGUGUGGUAAUAAAUAUGGGCUUGCUUUUAUAAA